AUGACUGACAACCUUGGGGCGCAGGGUAUUUGUAAAGGCUCGAAUCACAGUGACACUGAUCCUCUCUUGUUCGGAAAGCCGAUCAACCUUCACGUUGAACCAAAGAACGUGCCUCAGUCUUUGCCAGAGCUAUCGAUAUUAUCUUCAUAUGGCAACAAUGAAAAAUGGGAAACAUGUCUGGCUGCAUCCUUCUCUCCAAAAGAAGGCACAUUAUCUCUGUCCUUAGAAAAUAAGAAAUCUGUUAAUCACACUGUUGACAGAGCUGUGAUGUCCAAUGACGGGACGUAUUACUUCGCAACAUUUUCCAAAGAUGCAAUCGAAACAUGUCAAAUGAAAAACAAAUCCAUUGAUAGAAAUUCUGUAAAAUCACCAGACUGUGGUCCGACUGACUUGACUGAAAGUCCGACUAACGUGACUGACUUGACCAAUUCAACUGAAAUCUUGAAACUUGAAACAAAAACUUACUCUGGUGAUCCUAAGGGAAACACCAUGCAAUUGUUUGUGAUUGGUCUCAGACUUCUGUUGGCUAAAGCAGUCGGUGUAAAUAUACUGAUGACAUUUAAAGCAUUUCUUGUCUAAAGAAAGAUCCAGAAACUAUCCUACAACCUCUUGCCCAAGCUAAAACUGGUGUACAUCGAAAUAAAAAACAAAACAAAACAAAAAAAUUAAUUUCCUGUAACUGUAAGUGUUCAUAGCUGUUCCUUCAUGUUUCCUAAGAGAUAUUUUCUAUGUUUAAAUUCUUCAGUUUUCUGUAUAUGUGAUUAAAACCUAAGUAUUUCAUGUUAGUCACAUUUUUCAAGUGGUUAUUUUCCAAUGCUAUUUAGUUGAAAAAUUUAAUCUGCUUUAUAUAUCUUAUAUAUGGUUUUAUUAUGUUUUCUACACAAAAUAGAGCGUGCUUAUAGAGUUCAAGUAUUAAAGGAAAUAGUGCAACAUUAAAAUAUUGCCUGCAGACAGAUAACAGUUUUGCAAGUCGUUGCAUUAACCACAGGUUUAACAGCACAUAACCCUGCAAGGCACGAUGUAAACCUCGCUUUCAGAUAACAAUCGACCACACAUUUCGGGUUCCUAAGAAACACUGUGUUUCGUCAUUAAUCGCAAUUCACGAGUGAGAACUCUGUAUACAAUAAAGAAACAAGCAACAGCAAGUUCAUGUUUAAUCCAAUGCUCAUACUCAGGCUUCAUCUAUUGCAGCAAUAUACUGAUGCAAUCUAAACAUUUUCCAUUAAAUCAAAUGCUCAAAACCAUUAACUCAGUUACUCAGUUGUUUUAUAUUUGUGUAUGUCUUAAGAUUGUGGAUCUAACUUUUAAUAUCUGCAUUUAAUUAUAUGGAUCUUUUUUGUUUUUAAUCAAAUAUGAAUAUAAUGAAUAUAAGUAAAAAUGCUGGUGUGUAUGGGUUAUGAUGCAUGUUUAUUUCUGAAGGAUGUGGAUAUAUGAGUUAUAAUAAUAAAAUAAAUUACUCUUUCCAAAAACCACAA